AUGAAGUUUGUAUUCCUUUUCGCUUUGUUUUCUAUAGCGAAAGCAAAUUUAUUAUUUAAUGAAUUCAAUGACUUUGAUAUUCAACACUACAAAGAUGUGAUACAAUCGCGAAAUUUUACCGACAAAGUAGUGUUAAUCACUGGUUCGAGCUCUGGUAUAGGCGAGGGUAUCGCCAAACUGUUUGCCGUAUUGGGGGCUAAAGUGGUGGUCACCGCCAGAAAGGAGGCCGACGUUCAUAAAGUGGCGCUGGAGUUGGAGAAGUUAUCGCCAUAUAAAAUUAAGCCUUUAGAAGUUGUGGCGGAUUUGACUAAAUCUGAAGACAUCACAAGAUUAGUGGAUCAAACCAUAAAAACAUUUGGUAAAAUUGACGUAUUAGUGAAUAACGCGGGCGGCGGUGCGGCCACUUAUAUCAAAGACACGGCACUGUUGGCCGCAUGGGAUCAGGUGUUUAACAUUGAUUUGAGAGCAGUUGUUGAACUGAUUCACACAGCGAUCCCAUAUCUUGAGAAAACCAACGGAACUAUUAUCGACACAUCCAGUAUUGCCGGUACAGCACCUAGGUUAGGUAUGUUGGCAUACAAUAGUGCCAAAGCGGCACUCAAUAUGUUGGCUAAAGUUUUGGCUCUUGAACUUGGUCCUAAAGGCAUUCGUGUGAAUACUAUCAGUCCCGGUUAUACUGAAGUCGAGAGUCAUUUACUUCCGCCUGAUUUCAAAAAAAUAAUUGAAAAACAAACACCGCUUAAACGCAUUGGACAACCGCUAGAUAUGGCUAAAGCGGUGGCAUUUCUGGCCUCAUCUGAUGCUGACUUUAUUACCGGCGCUGAAAUAGUGUUUACAUUACUGUUGGCGCUGUUUUCUAUAGUGAAAGCAAAUGAAUUCAAUGACUUUGAUAUUCAACACUAUAAAGAUGUGAUACAAUCGCGUAAUUUUACCGACAAAGUAGUGCUAAUUACCGGUUCGAGCUCUGGUAUAGGCGAGGGUAUCGCCAAACUGUUUGCUGUAUUGGGGGCUAAAGUGGUGGUUACCGCCAGAAAGGAGGCCGACGUUCAUAGAGUGGCCCUCGAGUUAGAAAAGCUAUCUCCCUAUAAGAUCAAGCCCUUAGAAAUUGCGGCGGAUUUGACUAAAUCUGAAGACAUUAAUAGAUUGGUUGAUCAAACCAUUAAGACUUUUGGAAAGUUGGAUGUAUUGGUAAACAACGCGGGCAUAGGUUUGUCCACUUUUAUUAAGGACACGGGACUAAUGGCUACAUGGGAUCAAGUGUUUAACGUUGAUUUGAGAGCUGUUGUUGAGCUAACCCACACUGCCGUCCCAUACUUGGAAAAGACCAACGGAACUAUUAUCGACACAUCCAGUAUUUUAGACACAGCACCCAGAUUAAGUGCAAUGGCUUAUAAUUGUGCCAAAGCAGCCCUAACUAUGUUGGCUAAAGUGUUGGCCCUUGAAUUGGGUCCCAAAGGCAUUCGUGUGAAUACUAUCAGUCCAGGCUUUACUGAAGUUGAGAGCCAUUUAUUUCCGCCCGAUUUUAAAAAGUUGGUCGAAAAGCGGACACCACUUAAACGCAUUGGACAACCGCUAGAUAUGGCUAAAGCGGUGGCAUUUCUGGCCUCAUCUGAUGCUGACUUUAUUACCGGCGCUGAUAUCGAUUUCACUUACGAUGACUACAAAGCUGUGGCCCAAUCGCGUAAUUUUACGGACAAAGUGAUCUUGGUCACCGGCUCGUCAUCGGGUAUCGGCGCCGAAAUCACUAAACUAUUCUCCAUUCUCGGCGCCCGAGUGGUGGUCACCGGCCGUAAGGCACCCGAAGUGGAGAAAGUGGCCAAAGAGGUCCAGGAGUUGUCGCCAAAGCAAUUAAAGCCGCUGCAAGUGGUCGCGGAUUUGACCAAAACCGAUGACUUAAACCGACUGUUGGACGAGACGAUCAAGACGUUUGGCAAACUGGAUGUGUUGGUCAACAAUGCGGGCAUUUAUUUCAACACAACCAUCGCUGACGCGAAUCUGUUGACAAAAUGGGAUCAGAUAUUUGCCAUCGAUCUGAGAGCAGUCGUACAACUCAUCCAACAAUCGGUUCCGCAUUUGAAGAAAACAAACGGCACUAUAAUUGACAUCUCGGCCAUUGAGGGCACUCGACCCAUGCUAAACUAUAUGGCUUACGACGCGGCCGUUGCGGCCAGAGAUAUGAUGGGAAAAGUGGUGGCCAUGGAGUUGGGCUCUAGUGGUGUCAGGAUUAACUCGCUCAGUCCCGGAUUCAUAUUGCACAAGGACAUAAAGGUGCCCAUAGACAAGCAAGAGCAAAUUAAAAAGGAGACACCGUUGGGUAGACCGGGCUUUCCGUUAGACAUCGCCAGAGGUGUGGCAUUCCUGGCCUCGAGUGACGCCCAGUUCAUCACUGGAAUCAAUCUUGUAGUCGAUGGCGGACUCAUCUUCAAUAUGACACCCAUAUAA